UCAACAGAAUGUUCUAUAAAGCACAGAUAAUAUAUUUUAUUCUCAAACACUUGCUCUGUAAUCAGUACCAUAAAUAACAGAAUGUGUGGUAGGAAUUAUCAAUGGUUUAUUAUUAAUGUGUUAAUUAUGUUGUCUGUUUUGUUUUUGUGUUUUAGGGUUGUUGAGAUUUUGUAGUUAACCAUGGAUAUAAUACUUGAAAAGAAGAUAAUUCUAACCGAGAUCCUGUCUGCUGAAACGGAUUUUAUUCUCCAACAUGUUCAGCAGAACAAACUUAUCACAGAUCGUGACUACAGGGCUCUCAAAAGUCUUCCUCAAAACACUGAGACGUCGUCUGGUGAAGUUCUGGAUACACUGAGAGGCAAGGGGGAAGAGGCCUGUCAGAAGUUUAUAGUCUUGCUGAAGCAGCAGUGUGUGUUGGAGCAAUAUCCAGGACUGAAAGAUGUUUUCCCAGAUCUCAGACAAGGUCUUGGGGUUUCUGCUCCGGAAACACCACCACAGGACCCUGAUCAUAUUUCCAAAAUAAAUGAAUACAGGAAAUCCAUCUGCUUCACAUACAAAAACGUGGAGGAGUAUAACUCUGGACCUGGUGAAAAUGUGCUGCUGGCUGACCGCUACACUGAGCUGCUGAUCGUUGAGAGAAACAGACAGCAGAGAGAAAUAGAGAAUGAGAUCCGUUUUAGAGGGGAACAUCACCAGCAGGUCUUAAAAACCAGGGCCAGUGAAGCGAAUAGCAGAAUCACCGUUGACCAGUUGUUCAGACCCUACGACGAUAAGAAUGUUCCAAAGGCAGUUAUUCUCCAAGGCAACUCUGGACAUGGCAAAUCUUUCACCGCUCAGAAGAUCAUGUACGACUGGGCCUCAGGAAAAGUAUUCAAAGACCUGUUCCACCUUGUUCUUCACCUGAAAUGCAAAGAGCUUAAUGAAAUCUCAGAGGCAAACAGUCUGGUGGAUCUCCUGAACUACUCUCCAAGCUUCACCAGAGAGACAGAAGAGGUGCUGAAAAACUCAAAAAUGGAAGUGCUCUUCCUCAUUGAUGGCUUUGAUGAGCUCAAGUUCUCAUUUGAGAAAACUAGCACAGUGCCACCUAAAGACCCUUCCACAAAAGCUCCUCUUGAGGCCACUCUGAGUGCUCUGCUGAAGGGGUUUGUGCUGCCUAAGUGCUCCCUGCUGGUCACCACCAGGUCCACUGCUUCAGACAAACUGAGCAAGCUGCUCAGUUAUCCUAAGCGUUUCACUGACAUCCUAGGCUUCACUGAGGAGGGGGUGAAGGAGUACUUCCAGAGGUUUUUCAAAGAAGAGCAGCUAGCAAAUAAAGCAUUUGACUGUGUGAGGAAAAACGAGACUUUGUACACUGCCUGCUUCAUCCCCGUCAUCUGCUGGAUCAUCUGCACAGUUUUCAGGGAGAAAGAAGAAAAAGGCACGGACUUCACUAAGGAACUAGAAACACCCACCUCUGUAUUUGUGCAUUUUGUGUCCAUUCUGCAGGAGCAUCACUGCCAGGGUUUGAGUCAGCCUGAAACUCUUCUGAUGAGCCUGGGCCAGCUGGCAGAGAGAGGGUUACAGGAACAUCAGGUCCUGUUUGAUGAGAAGAGUUUGUCUGCUGCUUUCCCUGACAACCAAACAACCAAAAACAAUCCUUUCCUCUGCAAAGUCUUGCAAAGGAAGGAAGUCAAACAGGAAAGCAUGUACAGUUUCAUGCAUCUGAGCUUCCAGGAGUUCUUCGCUGCUCUCCAGUACCUGAUGCUGAAGAAUGAGAAAGAGGCACUUAAAAAACUACGGAAGUUGUUAGGAAACGUAAAACGUUUUAAACCUGUUAUUCAAUUCCUUUUUGGGCUUUCAAACAAAGCCCUUCACUCACACCUGAUAAAGCAGCCCUGGCCAUCCAUUCAAGCUCAUCUGCAGAAGUGGCUUCUAAACCUUUUGAAAAGUGGCGUUAAUGAAAAGGAUAUGCUGCAUCUACUUCAUUGUCUCUAUGAGCUCCAUGAGGAUGAGUUUGUAAGGAGAGCCAUGGGAGUCUGGGGUAAGAUAAAGUUGCCCUACAUUACCCUGACGAGGACAGACUGCUGGGUGCUGCUGUACUGCCUGCAGUGUUGCCCGACCAUCAAAAGCCUGAACCUCCGGUACAACCACAUAACAGCAGAGAAGCUGAGGAUGCUGCAGCCUGCACUGAGCAGGUGUGAGGAGCUGUGGUGAGUAUGUCUCUGAAGAGAGAAAUGGCAUAAUAUACGGUGAUAUCAGGUAACCAAGAUUAGCACAAUAUUACACAGAUUGCCUUACAUAAUACGUUAGAACUAGAGUGAAUAUUUUCACACACCACUACAACAUCUUGCAAUCAUUUCACCACAAGUAUAAUUGUGCAACAAAGAGAUCAAAUAGAACACAAAAUAAAUUGUUUCAUCAGUCAAGUGCCAAAUAGACCUUUAUGCGACACGUUGGACUUUGAGUAUUUUUGUAAUAUUCCCCAAAAAUUGAAUAUACAUAGUAUGAAUAUGAAAUGAAUAUACAAAAGAGAUUGUAUACCAGUCGAGGGUAUGAG